UUAUUUCAGUUGGCAACCCAUCCAAGAAAAAUUCUUACCGCCAUAAAUUCUUCGUAGCAGCAGCAGUGUUUUUGUGAGAAAUAAGACGCAAUUUUUGCCCCCAAGACGGUUACCAAGUCCCCAAAGAAAAAACAACGCGUUGAUCGUGUUAAAUCUCUUCGAUACAACCUGUACUUUGCGUCGUAACUUGUACUUUUAAGCGUUGAAAAAUGGCAAAAGUUCAGCUAUGCAACAUCACUGUUAUGGACAACCCCAGCCAGUUUUUGAACCCUUUUCAGUUCGAAAUCACGUUCGAGUGCAUUGAGGAACUGAAAGAAGAUUUGGAAUGGAAAAUGAUUUACGUGGGUUCUGCAGAAAGCGAGGAGUACGAUCAAGUCUUAGAUUCCGUAUUCGUAGGCCCCAUACCUGAAGGAAAACACAUGUUUGUGUUCCAAGCAGAUCCACCAAAUGUAUCAAGAAUUCCCGAAAAUGAUGCUAUUGGGGUUACAGUUGUUCUAUUAACUUGUUCCUACAGAAGUCAAGAGUUCAUUCGAGUGGGAUAUUUUAUUAAUAAUGAAUAUAGCGACCCAGAGUUGAAAGAAAAUUCCCCGAGCCCCCCUCAGUUUGAUAAAGUGAUGAGGAACAUAUUGGCUUCUGAGCCGAGGGUUACAAGGUUUAAAAUUAACUGGGAGGAGCCGAAUCAGCAGGAAAAUGGGCAGGGUUCGGGGGAAAAUCAGGCACAAACAUCUAGUGUGGAGGAUAAUAGCGCAUCAGGACAAAUACCUAGUUUUAACGAGAAUUCUAACUCAUGGGCCACAAUGGAGUGUUCAUAGAUUUUUUAUAGGUUAAAUUUGUACAUAUCUUAUAUGGUUUGCAAGUGAAUUGUAUUUAUUUUUAUCACUCUACUAAUAGGUUUUAUAACAUUUUCAUUAAUAAAAUUUUCCAUUAAACGAUCGUGUUUUAUUCCAUCUGUUGACAUUUGGCACUUGUUGACGUUCGC